AUGACUUCGAACCGAGAUGGAGAUCCUUCCCAUGCAUUGGAUACGAACAACGAGCUGGCGAUCGCCGCCUGGAAUCGUAAAUUUGGUGGCCCUUCCUGGGUUGAGUUAACAUUCUCUGACGAGGAGCCAUUUACCAGUGUCCGAAAACUUGGAGUAGGAGGCAACAGUACUGUUCACGAAACACACGUCGAUGGGAUUCCGCUGGCUCUCAAGAAGAUCUACACCCGUAAAAAACCUACAAAACAUAUCCUCCGAGAGAUCGAAAUUCUUGGUCGUUUAUCAAAGAAGCGACACCGUCAUAUCGUGAGCUUGAUCGGUUCAUAUCAACACAAGCAAAGAGUUGGUUUUGAUACGGUGCUCUUGAUAUGGCCCGUCGCCCGUACCGAUUUGGCGAAAGUGCUUGGAAACCUCAAAAGUCUCACUACACUUCUGUACGUGCACACUAAGGCUGCCGAUUGCGCAAGGGAAAAUAAAGAGGACCCAGAAAAAUGUACGACAGGGUACCAGUCAGCGAUACAGGAAGCUAUGGACCCACUAUCGUUUCUGGCAACUGCUAGAUCUAAGCCUCUUUCUACCAUUGAGGAAUCAGCGUGGGAGCUGACCAACGAUUGCCGGAGACGCAUUCGGUGCAGCGUGGGUUGCAUAGCCGAGGCAAUAGCAAAUUUGCAUCAAAACAAUAUCCGACACAAAGACCUAAAGCCUUCGCAGAUACUUAUUUCUUCAGAUGGCCUAUGGCUGACUGAUUUUGGGUGGCCUGCGGACAUGUCUGAUGUCAACAGCAGUGUUACCAGCGGUGGUGAUUUUAUGACCCUCAAAUAUCAUGCACCUGAACGAGCCAACAAACGACCGUGUGGACGAGCAGAAGAUAUAUUUGGUCUUGGCUGCAUCUAUCUGGAGAUGAGUUAUGCCAUGCUACAAUCACCCAAAGUCCUGUUCCAUCCUUGGUCGGUUCCAGGAUUUUCAUUCCAGGGCGAUCUCGACCAAGUAGUAUUCUGGUUACUGCCUCUGAUUGAACAUUACAAGGAAGUAAGUUUGAGAUGGAUUGUUCUCCUUAGGGACUUGUUAGCACACGAACAGAAAACACGGCCUGCAGCCAACACAAUCCUUAACCGAAUUCGCACCAUCAACCAAAACUUUCCGGGUCUUGUCGAUACAUGCUGUCACCAACCCCUACCGGCGGAAACGAAAAGGCCUAUUGGUAGCAUACUCCAAACUCAUGGCCCGGAAAUUGCACGGCAUAUCGACCAGCAGGUCGAAGAAUAUGUAAGCAUAGCGAAAGAUUAUGAGCUUUCAGAAUUUCGAUCUACGGAUUUCAUCGAAGCACAAUUCUUGACCCUGAUGCGCAAUAUAUACGAGAUUGUUUCGAACGCACAGCAUGAGCUUUGA